AUGAGAGCGUGGAGACCGCCAUGUUCUCCGGAGGGAGUUCCGGAGGAAAGUCCAAGUGGAGCAAGGGACGUUAAGCGCGUCGUCUUCGGGAACAACAAGUCGCUACCGGUGGUUGGAGUUGGGAGUACGCGUCUCAUCGUCGAUGGCGGACCGGUUGACAUCACGAACGUGCUUCACGUUCCGGGAUUGAAGGUGAAUCUACUCCCCGUCACUCAACUCGCGAAGAAGGACAUGAAGUUCACCAUCGAUGGCGCGACGAUGAACCUCUUCUGGAAGGGGAAGCAAUUCGCACAAGGCGUUCUCAACGGAGAACUCUACCAACUCAAGACGCACCCGGGAGCGGCUUCAUCCAACGUGGCGCAAGGUUCCAAUGCGACUUCCAAGGCGUGGCAUAAUCGACUUGCGCACGCCAACUACGAGUCGGUCAAGGAGUUGGCCAAGAAAGGACUCUCGGAGGGAAUCGACGUGAUCGCUGGCGACGACGAGAAGGGCGUGUGCACGGCGUGUGUCGAAGGAAAAAUGGCUCGCAAGCCAUUUGGGAGGAGCGCGGUUCCUCUUGGUGAUGCUCGACGACGCGACGCGGAUGUGUUGGACCCGACUCUUGAAGGCUAA